AUGGAAUGUAAAAACAUCCAAGUCAAAGGCUCGUCAUACACAGAAUGCGUUUGCAUGGAUGAUGAGUACAGGACUAAAAAGGGGACUUGUGAAAGAUUGAAUUACAAAAGAAAUCUUGCUUUCAAAAAAUUAGUAUUAUCAACUGAUUUACUUACCGUUGACUACGGAGAUUUCAGUAAGGAACAAUUGGUUGACGGGCAGAUAUUGGGCGAGGGUAUGAUUCAUUUGUCUAGUAAUCCCGGAAAUGAAGAAGAAUGGAUUAUUGUUGACUUGGAGGAUGUGUACGAAGUUGGAUACGUUGAAUUGUACAAUAGGUGGAAUUAUAAAUUCUUGGACCGUGUAAAAGACCUGAAAGUAGGUCUCAACGAAACACUGGAACUUGCAACAAAAUUCAAAAUAGGCAGCUACGAAUUAUGCGGCAUAGUUACUGAGAUACGUAAAGCUGGUCUUCCGAUGAGAGUUACCUGCCAAGGAAAAAAAACUGGUCGUUUUGUCAUUUUACAACCAAGAACAAUAAGUUCGGGUCUUGGACUAAAGGAACUUGAAGUCUACGAAGAAGAUGGCAUUCGUCAAUCAGUUGACUUCAUUGGAUGUUUUGAGUUUUACAAUGCGACGCUUACUUCCUCGCAAUCGAGCCUCAUUUCUUGUCAAGAUGCUUGUGAAAAAUUUGACGAUAAGAAAUUAGUUUUUGCAUUAAAGCGCUCCUCAGUGAAUUUUGUAAACAGAUGGAUCUUGAGAUCUGCUCUGAACUUCACAAGUGAUGAAGCAGGUGGCACCUGUUACUGCGGGUUGGAUAUUGAUCUCAUGCAUGACGGGGAUCACCCAGAAGACUGUCAAACACAUUUUCCCGUCUAUUCUGGCAGGAGGGUAUUUUCAGUAUCACUGGUGAGAUGCUUCAAAGAUACUAACUUAGAGGCAAUGUCAAAUUCACCCAUCAACUUGAUAAAGGAAUUAGCAUACGGGUCCUGCUUUUUGUACUGCAAGAAACUUUACGCCAAAUAUUUUGCUAUAAAGGACACCAAGUGUUUGUGUGUUUACGCGUCCAACGUGAGUGGGCAGGUUCCAAUAAGCGAAUGCGGGAUAACUUGUUCGGAUGACAUUAAAAAAUCAUGUGGUGCCAGCAAUCGCUAUUCGCUCUACAGUCGUUUGAUUUUCGUGAAAGACCUCAAAAUAAUUUUUGUAUCGACUCGACUGGAUGCCGAUCCAACGCAUGCAAAAGCGGAUGGAAAGGAGAACUAUGCAAUAUCCGAGGUACAUUGUAAAGUAAACAAUGGUGAUUGUGGUUACAAUCUUUGUGUAAAAAUAGAAUAUUCUGAUCGUAAAACUUUAACUAAGUGUAGAAUUCCAGACGGAUUCAAAGAGUCUAAAAAAUGGGGAUAUCUUCCAAUUGGGACAGGUGUCAUGUAUCUUGGAUGUUACUGGAGUGUUGUCAUUGAGAAGACCACGCCUGUUCAAUCCUAUACAGAUUGCAAGAGCUUCUGUUUGUCCGUGAAGAACAUUUUCAUGAUUGGCUUGCAAAGAGGUGAGGCAUGCCACUGCCUGAGUAGUGCAAAAUAUCCAGUCAGUUCAUCUCAUUGUGACAGGAAGUGUCCCAAUGAUCACGAUCGUUGCGGCGGCCUCGAGUUUUUCUCUGUUUUUCAAAUUAAAGAAAGAUUGGAUUUCAGCAAAUCUCUGGUAAGCUUAGAUGAGUUUGACGUUAGCACUAGCAAUCAUUCGCAAGUUUCUGUACUAGAGUUAACAAUCGACAAAUGCAUUUCAAUAUGCUUUGAAAGAAAUCUUCCAUAUGCUACAUUGAAGAACGAACCAGGUAACAAACCCCUGUGUUAUUGUUCCAAACCAUCUGACGACACUGCUGCAAUUAAAUGUUUGUCGAAUUCGGAAGCGGUAAGGCACUUUGAAUUUCAAACGGCUUACUCACGCCAAUCAAGAUGCAAAACAAUCGAUGGGAUCAAAUGCACAGAGUGCGAGGCUGGCUGGAUUGGAGUUUUAUGUGAAAAAAGAGAUUGUUCAGCCAACUCUGAUGUCUGUAGGCCGUUAACCUGUCGCAAAACAGUUGCUCUGGGGAUGGAAUAUUCUGAAUGUGUUUGCCAGGAAAACUAUUACAAAGAACAUUUUUCAAAGUGUUCACCUCUGCCAAAAACAGUAAACUUAGCAUUUGGUAAGAAGAUAACAGCAGAACCUUUUGAUAGAAAUGAUUUUUCCGCUUCAUCUUUAGAUGAAGCAUAUUUAAUAACAUCAAACUGGGAGUAUGCAGUGGAUGGAAAUAUGAUGGAGUGGGAGUUUGUAAGUUUGCUUUAUUUGAAGAGUUCACUGGAAUCAGUUGAAUGUGGAAAAUAUCCAAUGAGUGUAGGUAAUUGCAACAAACACGAUACGAUCAGCAUUAACUGCACCAGGACGGAGCAAAAAAGUAGAUUCGUUAUCAUCCAGAAAGAUGUAGAAGAACAAGACAGUGUUUUUGCUUUCAGUGAAGUCGAAGUCUAUGGAGCCGACAAAAAACAGAAUCAGUUCGCCUACGUUGGUUGUUUUGAAAAAUUUAGAACGUUUAAUUCAUCUAAGGAUGAAAAUCUUGGCAACGAUGAACAAUGUCAUAAAUAUUGUGCAGGAUUCAAUAUAGAAAAUUUUAUAUUUGCAAUACACAAAGAAAAAAUUUGUCACUGCGGGGUAGAUGCAGACGUUCAAUUGGACGAAACUGUUUGCUUACAUUUUUACAGGGUCUUUUCAGCUCUAUUGAACAAGCCAAGUUACUUAGGUUGUUUCAGCAGUGACGCAAUUGAACCGAGAGCACUGUCGAGAUUGGAGGCCGAUGUCACAAAUUCACCAUUCAGAUCGUGCUUCCUAUAUUGCAAUGCUUACCAGUUUGAAGAAUUUGCUAUCAAGUCUGUCCAUAGUUGCCAACGCCCCAAAUUGGGCGGGAAAGACCCGAAUUCUCCCUCCCCCUAUGCUUCGCGUCUUGCUUCGGUGUUUGUCACGCUUUUGUGCAACCAAAAACCAGUAAUGAAAUGUUAA